AUGGACGCUUACGCCCUUGUCAAGUCUGGCAAAUUAAAACUAAAAGGCCAUGAAGACAAGCCUAAGAAGCGGAAGCGAAAGUCUGCUGACACUAGCUCAACGCAUACAGCGAAAGCUAUUCGAAAUGCCUUCAGUGAAGAUCUUAUAGCUCAUGGUGGUUGGUGGGAGAUCUCCAAAUUUGCCGACAUAAUUGGUCCGGUGGCCAUUCAGAUGACAGGCCUAGCUCCAGUUCAGGAAUGCUCCUCUUCUUCCUCCGACCAACUCCUUCCCAUACCGCCUGCGUAUUACCUCUCUGCAUCUGAUGAUGGAUUCAUCAACCUCGGACCCCCACGCCGGGAGGGUGAACCACCUGACCCUGAGGAAAUUUUCACUGCCGUUAAAGUUUCUGACACAAAAGUUGCUUUCAAGACUGGUUACGACAAGUAUAUGACAGCUGAUACAAGCGUGCAGAAUCUCAUCACAGCAGCAGCGGACGCCAUCGGUCCACGGGAACAAUUUGAGCCAGUCUUCCAAGAUGGUAAGGCUGCGCUUCUGGGCUUCAACAACUGCUUUGUCUCUGUCGACGGCGAUUCCGACAGGGCUAUUUGCCGAGCACAGAAGGCCGGACCAACCGAAAUGCUUGUGAUCCGCUCCAACAAGGAUUUGACACACAAUCCACUUAACGACCUACCUGAAGAGGAAAGGCAUGGGACCAAGAAGGCUGAGUACCUCUAUGUGCGCAAAUUCCAAAGCUGGCAAGAUAAGAAGAUUCGUUUAACCCGUGAAGAUACCGUAGCCUUGAAGGAUGCAAAGCGUGUUGGAAACCUCCAUGAAUGCAUGUUGGACCGACGUGAAAAAAUGAAGUCAGAUCGUUAUUGUAAGUAG